AUGGCUCCGAACGCCGCCGAUACCGCCGCCGCCCCCCAGAGGCAGGCCCGCCGUCCAACGCGCAUUGUGCCGGCCGUCCCUCAUAGAUUCGCUCGGACGCAGCCCUCUGCGCGCCCAAUCACGCCCGAAGAGCCAGUGAAGGAGACGGUGGCUCCGCACGCACCAGACCCGCAACCAGCGGUCGAGGAGGAGCGUGAAGAGCAGUCUGCCGCAGCUUGUGUCCAGACGCCUCUCACACCAGCCUCCAGAGCAUCUGCUGUUAGCAGCGGCGCGGUGGAGGAGCCCACGCUGGCGAGCUCGCCAGCAGCCUCUGGAGACGACCACGUAGAGGAGUCGCUGGAUACCCGAGUCUCCGAGGCGAAUACGCAAGAAGCCGCUAUCCAUGAUACCCCCUCAAUGCCGCCUGCUGAGCCCCAACCCGCUGUUGUCAAUGGCGAACCCCCGCCGUCGGCCCCAUGUGCUGAGCUGCCGCCAGAGUUCCAUCCUGUAGGGAAGCCUAUACCCCAGACGCCGACCGUAGAAGGCGGCGCGGAAGCUCCUUUCCAGCCUCCGCCGAUGAAUAUUCCCGUCCAUCAACACAAGGCGAGUGUCGAAGGUCUAGUGUUCGGCGGCACAGUCCAGGAGUCCCCAGCAAUGCCCUCAACUCCACAGGAGAUGGAGCCGGACGUGCGCGUGCCGCAUCAUGGCAUGACCCGCCCUCCACCGGGGUUUGCGCCCCCACAGCUCGCCCCGCAGCUCGCCCCGCCGUUCUAUCCAGGCCAUUCGCACCAUCCUUCUGACCCUUCGGCGCCCUGGGUGUUUCCCCCGUAUACCACGGUGCCACCACCACCACCAGAUGGCACAUAUGGAAACGGACAAGAGUACCACCCGCACUCCUACCCACCUGGAGCGGUGGGAUACCAAACACCUCACCAAGGUCAGAUCUCCCCACAACGUGCGCCCGUUGCCAUGAACGGCACCGUUACGUCUCAGUCGCAAUCACCCAUCAAAUCACAAUUCGGCGAUACCAAGCCUAGCUCGAACUACGGAGAAGAGUCACAUAGCGCUCUCUAUCAGAAUGGGAUGUUGUCGCAGCCUGCGGAAAGGCCGUACGGGUGGCUUCUUAAGUUUGCAGAGUACUUUUCUCACCAGCUUGGUAACCCCGAACUCGCCGAUUUCGUUCUUCACGUCCGCUCAGGGGAAGGUCCCCUUCUUUCUCUGCCCGUUCACGGUAUUGUAGUCGCUCACAGUCCGGUCAUUGCGGAAGCAAUUCGUCGUAGCGUCCCGCUCGUCUCCCGACUCAAAGAUUCCCGGCGACUUAUCGACAUCCUAACAAGUGACGGGUUUGUGACGUCGGCAUCCUUGCAUGAGGCUGUCAAAUUAUUGUAUGGUGCGCAGCUUCCACCAGUGCAGUCGUUGCUUUACGGUCUGAAACCGUACGACCGUGAUAGCGAAGCGAGCCCCACCUUCAAUGACGCUCGCAAGCGCAUGGACUGGUCUCUCAGCUACGCUGCUGCGGGGAGGGUCCUUCAAAUUCCGGACAUGCAUGUUUGCGGCAUCGAGCUCGCUAGGGCGCUUCUGCGAUGGGACACUUUCGACCAGGUCAUCCACUUCGGGCUUCGUGCGGGCAGCUCCGCUAUCCGUCCCGAUGGUCCUGGAGCAGGUGUAGGCAUUUUCGACACGUACGCAGCAUCCCUACUAGAUGAUGCUCUCAACUUCAUCGCAUACCACUUCCCAGUCGAUUUCAAACUGUACACAAGCGCGCCUGAAAUGAAGGACAACCCGCGCCUGCCCCACCUGGCUGAGCUCAGACAGCCCGCACACAACCCACGUCUGAGCAAGAUUCGGUUCGGUGAUGCGCCUCCAGAAGACGAACUGAAGCCCAGCUACGUGGCACAGGUCCUUUCCAGCGUUCUUCUAUCACUCCCACUUCCCUUGCUGGACCGACUCUUCAGGCAUCCCGCAGCUGCCAACCAACUUGGUUGGAGUGGACUGGUGAAGAUCAUGCGCGAUGUAGUGGGCGAGCGUGAGAAACGGCGUCAGAAAGCUUUGAAGAGCAAGAUUCGGCCUUCGCCUGAUGGCACCGUACCGAGGCCUCUUCUGGAGAAUCUCUACCGAGAAGAGCGUGUUGAAACAUCUUCGGAGCGCCCCUCAGGCCACAAGCUGACAGCGACGCGCGCGGCCGACCAAGUCUAG